UUUUUACAGUAUUUAAGGCAAAUUAUGAAAAUAUUUGUGAUAGCGUUUCUUAUUUUAGGAUCAUUUGGAGCAGAGCAAAAUGUGUUCCUAGCUCAGCUUACUUCUGAAGGUGCUAGGUCUCCGAAUGGGGAGAAUUUGUUUGAAUGAGGAUUUGAAAAUGGUCGUAAGGAGAUUACUUCUAUGGGACUUAGACAACACUAUCUCAUUGGGUCUGAUUUGGUAAAUACUUACACCCAAAAAUUAGAUGUUGAGAAAUUGUAUAGUCCAUUGCAAGUUAAUGUAAGGAGUACUAACCAUAACAUGACCUUAAUGGGAGCUCAAGCUCAAUUAGAAGCUCUCUUCCCACCGAAUAUUAGAGGUCCAUUGAAUGAUAGUCAAGUUGCAUUAGCAGUUCCUCCAGGUGACAAUACUAUCAUAGAAGAAGAGAUCAUUGCUCUUGGGAACAAUAUUAUGGCAUUAAAUUUUCAGACUGUGCCUAUCCAUGCAAUGGAUUUUCAAAAAGAAACAGUCCUUAUGGGCGAAUGGUGUCCAGAGAUAUAUGAAAUGAACGAGAGGAAAGUUAAAGAUGCCCAAUGGAUGAGACAGAUUGAAGAGAAAUACUCAAAUGCUCUUGCUAAGUUUAGAACGUUCAUGGGUAAUGAUAACCUUACUAUUCAUGAAAUAUAUCCAAAUAUUGACACUAUUUAUGCAUGAGAUUUCAAUCAGGAUAAGGUGAAGGGCUUAGAGUCUGUAACAAAAGAACUUCUUGCUUUUGGAUUUGAAUAUUUAGAACAAUAUUGGAGUUAUGAACUAUCUCGUAAAAUUUUUGUUCAUGGAUUCUUGUCAGAUCUUGGAAGAUACUUUCAAGACGGGAGAAAGCAAUUUGAAGACACGAGUAUAGACCUCUUUGAGCAGAUAAAGCUAGCACUUUAUUUUGGGACAGUUGAAACUACCUAUGUUAUUUCCAGACACCUUGGGUUCCAGCAUACUCAACUUCCACAAUUUGCAUCCCAAUUGCUCAUUCACUUAGCCAAAGAUACUGAAAGAGGUUACGUAGUAUCAGUCGAAUAUAACAAGAAUUUAUUGAAGCUCAGAGGAGAAUGUGAGGAAAAGACAUCAUGCCUUUACGAUAACUUCAAUUCCUUCAUUUCAAAGAUCAGUGCUGAUGAAGACCAGCUCAGUGUUUGCACUGUGACUAAAAAUACUAUGUUAAUUAGUGAAAGAAACAGUGAUGAAUAUAGCAACUCAUUGAGUCUCGAACUUAUUGUAACUAUAACAGUUUUAGGAUUUAUUUCUAUAAUUAUCAGUGCAAUAAUAGGCCACAAAGCAGCUCAAUAUCAAAUCAUAAAGAGGAGAAGGACUACAAGGCGGUCUGAUUCGGAAUCGUUUAUGGAGUAAAGAUUUCAUUUUCAAUCUUGACAGAAUUGUAU